AUGGCAGUUUCUUCUGUAACUUCAUUCAUAUUACCCUCUUUCUCCAAUCCCACCUCUUCCUCUUCUACCAAACAGAAAGUCUCUCUGCUUCCAUUGCUCCCAUCUUCUUCAACUCAUGACUCCUCCCUCCUUAACAAACCCUCCUUCUCGUUUAAGAAGAAGAUCUUCGCAGCUCCAGAAACCCUGACUCCAGAAACUCUCGAUGAACCCGUCUCCGAGAUGGCGCCAAAGCAAAAGAUUAGGAUCAAGCUAAGAUCAUACUGGGUACCUCUUAUUGAGGACUCAUGCAAGCAGAUACUUGACGCUGCGAGAAACACUAAUGCAAAGACCAUGGGUCCUGUUCCAUUACCUACCAAGAAGCGUAUCUACUGUGUUCUCAAGUCUCCCCACGUUCACAAGGAUGCAAGGUUCCAUUUUGAGAUCAGGACGCACCAGCGGAUGAUUGAUAUUCUCUACCCCACUGCUCAAACCAUUGAUUCCUUGAUGCAACUUGAUCUUCCUGCUGGUGUUGAUGUCGAGGUCAAGCUCUGA